CCUUGCCUUUAUACUCUUGUUAUCAAUGUCUGUCCAUCUUUCUACACAUGUUUGGUGAGAAUCAGUCAGCAUCAUCUUUAAACCUGUCACCACAAAAAGUCUCACGUUAGUGUUGGUGUUGGGUGGAGAAAAUGUUUGCAAUUGUGUUUCUAAUCUCUGAACUAUUACAUGGCAUUUUUGAAGAUUGAUCCAAGUAAACAAAGAAGAAAAGAUGUCAUUAUCUUCUCUAGCCGACAAUAGUAAGAUUACUGACCACGAAAAGGUAGAUAGGAGAAAAUAAUGAACUUUGACAGUUAAGAGUUUGAAGAGGCGAUCGAUUAAUUGGGAGAAGAAUUUAGAUAUGUGGAGACCGCUAGAUUCCAGAGACGUUCUAUAUUAAUGAGUUGAAUUAUAAAGAUUGAAUGAUUGAAGCUUUCAUGAAAAAGAUGGGCUUCUAUUUCUUAAUGUAUUCAUAUUACUUGGAGGUCAACCACCAAAACCUAACUUUGAGAACAAGAGCAGCAGAUUAAAGAGAUAUGGUUUGUCCAAUUUAAAGGAUGUGAAAGCACUCAAAGUCAAGGCCACUCCAUUGUUGAUAAAGUUCUUACCUUGCAUUUUUCCAAAGAUGAGUUUUGAACGGCCUAUAUAUGUAUUGUUGGAGAUAUAAGGGUCGUUUGUUCACCUUUGUGGAAGGAUACAGAAACGAAGACAUGGGAAAUUAUAACAGUUGUCAUUGUUUACAGAGAAGAUCGAGUAAACCGAAGGAUCAGAGGAUGGAUUUGAUUGGGCAUGGUCAAAUAAGCCAUAGCGGCAUCAAGGCAGUCAGUCUUCAGAAAAAUUGCAAGUUCUCUUCAUCUCCCAGCUCUGUUCUUUGCUUGUGCAUAGUAACAUGGAACAUGAAUGGAAAGCUGUCCACCAAAGACUUCAUUGAGCUAGUUGGCAAGGAACCGAGGUUUGAUCUCUUAGCAAUUGGAUUACAAGAAGCUCCAAGGCAGAAUAUUGCUCAACUUUUGCAAUCGGCUCUCACUGAAACUCACAGUCUGCUAGGAGAAGCUACUAUGCAAUCUCUUCAAUUAUUUUUAUUUGGCCCCAAAAACUCGGAAAUCCACAUGAAAGAGGUGAAGAUUGAUAAGCAUGCUGUCGGAGGUUAUGGUGGCUUGAGAGGGAGAAAAAAGGGGGCUGUAGCCAUUUAUAUCAACUUCAACGGUGUGCGAAUGAUCUUCGUUUGCUGCCAUCUUUCAGCUCAUGAACACAAGGUGGAGAAGAGGAACUCGCAAUGCAGACACAUUUCUGAGAAACUCUUCUCCAAAGACAGAAAUCCGUAUUCAAGGCCUUCGCAUCUUACAGUCUGGCUCGGAGAUCUUAAUUACAGAAUACAUGGAAUUAGCACACUGCCUGUCAGAAGCUUGAUUCAGAGAAACCUCCUCAGUUUGCUCACAAGCAAAGAUCAACUGCUACAAGAGGCUGAAAGAGGACAAGUAUUCAAUGGAUUUUGUGAGGGGACCUUAUCUUUCAAGCCUACCUACAAAUACAAUAUAGGAAGCAGUGACUAUGAUACAAGUUACAAGAUCAGAAUACCUUCCUGGACGGACAGGAUCUUGUUCAAGGUUGAUAGCGGAGCGGGAAUCGACGCUGUUCUACGUUCAUACGAAUCAAUAGAUUGUAUUAAUAGCUCUGACCACAAACCUGUGAGAGCUCAUCUUUGCUUAAAGAUGAACAAUGUACAGAUGCCAGUAUAAGUAAUAAAGCCCUUGAACUUGAACUA